UUUGGGUCUGGUUACAAUAGCAGUGAAAGAACUUGACAAACAGGUUGUAGGACCGCCUUUAAAGCAGGAACGUUGGCUAUAUAAACACACACCUUUCUUCUUGCAAAACUAGAAACUACGACAAGGGCUCAAACACUCAUCACAAGGGAAACUCAACUCGCCUGAUUUACAGGACAGCCAAUCCCCGCUGUAGCAUUAAAGACAAGCAGACGCGCCUCUAAGCCGAUCAGCCCGGAAAUAAAGCAGGGCACUCAGAGGAGAAACAAACAAGACAAGUAACUCGGAUCCACAAGAGAAAAAAACCUCUCGCCGUGAUGAUGAUGAUGCUGCAAGAAACCCCGACGCAGAAAAACUCCCUCUUCAACGCCAUGAACCGCUUCAUCGGUGCCGUGAACAACAUGGACCAGACCGUCAUGUUGCCCAGCAUGCUGCGGGACGUCCCGCUGGAAGAGGACAGGGAGAUGAGCUCCAUGAAAUCGGACGAGGACGAGGGGGACAUGUACAGCUACUACCAGCUGCUCAAAUCCAUCCGCUGUGACAUCGAGUGGGGGGUCAGGUGCGCAGCAGCCGAUGAGAGGCUCAAGGAGGAGAGCAUGAUAAUCUCCCGCAAGAACUCUUCCGCAUCCACUUCCUCCUUCGCAUCAUCAGAAGAGGAAGAGGAAGAAGAAGACGAGGAUUUGCAGAAGCAGGUCCAGUUCCACCUGACCGGGCUGCAAGGGGUGCUGUCCAAGCUGACACUGCAGGCCAACUCUCUCACCAAGCGCUACAAACAGGAGAUCGGCAUCUGAGGAUGGAAUAAGGAGGAUAAGCUCGGAGCCCAGAGAAACGAAACAUUAUUUUUAUUGAACUGGCUGAACCGACUUUUCUCAAUGGGCUCUUUUGCUGCUGUUGUCACUACUAAUGACAUUUAUGGACACACAUUUGAAUGGUAGAGAAAAAGACAGCUUACUUCUCUCUUUAGUUUACUCUGUGGUAUUAUUGACUGUAGAUGUGUUGAUCCAGAGGAAAGCAUUUGUGUACUUAACACCAAACGUAUACGUUUUGCACUCCUAAAGUUUUGUACACAUAUUGCGUGCAGUUCCUGUGAUACAUAGAUGAAACAUAUUUAAACCCUUUAUUUAAUGUAUAAUGUAUUACCUCACACUGAAUAGUUUGAGAGCCAAAUGUUAUUUCAAAGUUGGAGAAGAGGAGGGCUGCAUGAACUACGGGACCUGUUGUCUGAACCGCCCCUCUGAGGGGAAUACUGACGAAAGAUUGAGCUUCCUAUUUGUGUUGCUGAUGAUGUCAGUGUGUUCAAAUGAAUGUGUCUUUGUAUGAUAAGUGCUCCUUCAAAUCUGAUAUGUCUGUGUUUUUAAAUUAUGCUUGCAUGGAGGGAGGCAGAUGCUCACUGUAGCUGAUGCCUGUGAUCUCCUAAUGCCCUACAUGGCCAAUGAACCAGAAUAAACUGAUAAUGUUUCUGCAUAGAACAUAAUGAGUUUCCACAAGAUGCAUUAUUGUUAUUGUGUAUUUGCUAUUAUCAUGGUAUUAGUGGACAUACCAUCUGUCAAAAUAAGCAAAUGCUUUAAUGUGCACCUUCUGCACCGUUUUUCUACUGAUAAUAUUGAUUCUGAAAAUAAACUUUUAUAUGAACUUCA